GAUAUGGCGGCUCAUCUGCUCCGGAGGAUGCUCGGGAACGUCCUCCUCCUCCUCCACUCCCUGCCGAGGAGCUCCGGUGACGGCUUGGCCCCCGCUGUCGGCGGUGGCACAGACACGGGCCUUCUGACUAAACAAGCUGAAGCAACUGUUGCUACAGACUGGAAAAAAAAAUUGACUCCAGAGCAAUUCUAUGUUACAAGAGAAAAAGGAACUGAACCACCAUUUAGUGGGAUCUAUCUAAAUAACACAGAAUCGGGAAUAUACUACUGCGUGUGCUGCAAUGCCCCAAUGUUCAGGUCAGAAAAGAAGUACAAUUCUGGGACUGGAUGGCCAUCCAGGCCAUGGUACUCAUGGCAGAGAUGAAAGUAAUACCAAUAUCAUGAGAUGACCAGAUAACUCAUCGGGAUCAAUUAGAACUGAAGUCAUCUGCAAACAGGUAUGUUUAUUUUGGAGGUGGUACCCAAAGACCCAAAUCUUAACAAAUAAGUUUUCCUUGUGCCCAUGAAUGAAUCUACCUAAACACAGCAGUGAGAAUUACAGUAUCACUGGAACCAUUCUGUCUCACUUUUUGGUAUGAAACACAUGAGUAGAGUUCAAAGUAUCAAAUAUAGGCAGUCAGUUUGGGGUGAAGAAAAUGAUGUGACUGAGGAGAGUAGUUGUGUAAGUAUAGCCAGGAGCUGGAGUUUAGACAGAAGAUUUAUUCAGAGGACCUCAGGUGAACUGCUGGAUGUGGCAACAGACAGUAGAAGGGACUCUGAGAUUUAGGCCACGCAUUUCCCCCAUCACAGGGGCAGUUCUUCUUAAUUCAGUCCUGCUAAAUGUUUACUGAAGCUGUUCUUAAAAUAUGUGGUUUUGGAGACUCCAUGGCCUUACUAGGUAAUGGGUUGUAAUCUUCAUGUCUUCCUACUGUUGGUUAGGUGCUGGGGAAAACAGCAAGUUUGCUUUGCAGCAGUUAAAGCUUAUUACUACUUGCCCUGCACAGCAGUGGUGGUGCCCUGCAUAUUCACAGCUAUCUUCUGUGGGUUCUCUUAUUUCACAGAAGCCACCCUUCUAUUUUGGGUAGCUAUUCGGUCUCCCUCAGUCAAUCUCUUUUCUAGACUAGAAAGGCCCAGUUCCUUCAACUGUUCCUUUUUAUGCAGUGGUUUUUAGAGCGCUGAUCGUCUUGUUGCUCUAUUUUGCACUCCUUCCAAUUGAUCCUUUUCCUUCUUGAAGUACAGUGCAAAGAUGGACACAGCGCUGCAGGUGGGCCUAGACUGCAUCAGAGAUUAGAGGCUGUUUAGGUGUGUUAUAGCUUGCGUUCCUGUCCUUGCACCUUUACCUUUCCACAGCCUAUGACUCAUACUUGUUUUGGGACCCGCUGUAAUACCCAGGUCCUUUUCUAAAGAACUGCCAUCCCUAACCAGUUCUUCCCAACCCAACAUCUGUGCUGUUUAUUACAUUUGUUAAGAUAUAAAAGUAUGCAAUUGAACUUAAUGAAUUGCAUCUUUGGCUCUUUGUGUGUGUGCGUGUGUGUGUGUGUGUGUGUGUGUGUGUCUGUUUUUCCAAACUGUUAAGAUUGCUAAUACUGUCUUCCAGUGUGCUUGCAGCCCCUUCUAGCAGGAUUAGGUAUUAUCUGCAAACGUAACAAGCAUUUGCUGCAGUCCAUUAUCAUGGUAGAGUUCAUGUUUGCAGUAAUAUCCAGCAAUCACCUUUCGACAACACCAGCUGAAGACAACCUUCCAAUUUUAUAAUGAGCUGCCAUUGAUAGCUAUUCCAAGUCUAAUUUGUUCCCAUCAAUAAUUUUGGGGGCGAAAUCCUCAGUUGACCUGUGAGAAGGACCUAUAGUGACUGUCUCAAUUAACCUGAAAUUUUCAUUAUAUAUUGAGAUGUCUAGAUCCCAUUUAUUUCCUAUAGUUUCUGGCAUUAGUACCUUUUGACUUCCUCUUCUGGGGUCUGCUUGUUUGGGGGCAGAUAUUCACCCACUGGCCAGGGGUGAUUACUGCAGGAUGUAUUUCUAGUCUCUUCCCAAGACUCACCCACCCACCCAACUCAACAGUGAAUUCAUCAUACAAGUUUCUUAAUUCAGGAUAGCACGGUAGGUACCAGCAUGAUGUUGGUCCAUAAUUGCAGUGGUAAUAAUGGUACAUAGUUUCUGUUGCAGUGUGACGCCUAUCUAGGCCAUGUGUUUGAUGAUGGUCCCACACCUUCUGGGCAGAGGUUCUGUAUCAACAGUGUUUCAUUAAACUUCAAACGAGGCUCUGGUCAGUGAGACGUGGAUCUCUGUGGCUUACAGAACAUCCUUUCACUGCUUAUACAACAGCCUUGUGAAAAACUCUCAUGCUUUUAAUAUAGAACGCAAAUUUUAGUACUUACACCAUUGCAGCUUUGCUUUCCAGCUGUUAUCAGUGUUGAUAAAAUACAUAUUUUUGUGGUAACUCUUUGGCAGUCUGCCUUUUCAUGGUUAGUGUGAUGUAAGUGUUGAUCUGUUUAUUGUAUUUUUUUAAUAAAAACAAAAAAUCUAUGCAAUAGUACACAUUCAUAACUAUCAUCAUUAACUGUAUUGAGGCUGCUGAAAUGAAGUGCUCUUCUGCACCUGACUUUGCCUAUGCUGAACAAUAGUUGUGGCACCCAGGAAUACAGAGGUACAGGGCUGAUCAUGCUGGAGCUUUUACUUCUGUAAAAUCAUCAUAGCUUUCUAAGGGGAAGCAAAAAUAACAUGAAUCUCCAAAUAAGGUUUGAGGGUUGGUUUUUUUCCCCUGAUGUGAGAGACCUUUAGCCAAGCCAAGUGACUUUUCCGUGAACCCAUAAAAGCAAAGUCCUGAAGGAAGGCCUAAUUAAAACUAUUUCAGGCAACGGAACCAGUGGAGACUUGGAGUCUUUCUUCUUUUAAAUCAAUGACUUUGAUUCUGUGUCCAAUAGCAGAGCUGAAGAAGGGUUUGCUCCAGGAACUUCCUCUUACAGAAAUAAUAUGAUAAUAAUGUAGCGAUCUGUGUAAUAUCUCCAGACUUCUGUUAUCACUUGUGUAUUUCAGAAUCUGAAAAUAAAAAUGAAUGUGAAAUUUAAUGUAUUGGGGGGAAAAAAAAUCAGCAUCAAAAAACAUGUUCAGUAAAGUGAUGCUUUUGUUGAAAACAUGCCUUGUCUGUUCUUCCUUGUACAAGUUUGUAAAUACUUCUGUAUUCUCCCAAGCAUUGUCACUAUGGUUUGCUGUAACAGAAAAAUAAAUCGUAUGUUUGUGAAA